CUUUCUUUCUCUCUUUUCCGUUUGCAUCGUCACCCAUCGCCUUAACACUUGCAUCCAUCACGAACUCAUAGCAUAUAGCACAAAGCACAAAGCACACAGCACAUAGCACAUAACACGCAACAGACAACACACAGCACAGCAUGUUCAUCUUACACUGGUUCCGCGAUGUCCUGUCCAGCCUUGGCCUGCUCAACAAGAACGCCAAGAUUCUUUUCCUGGGUCUCGACAAUGCCGGAAAGACUACUCUACUUCACAUGCUGAAGAACGAUCGUCUGGCCACUCUUCAGCCCACCCUUCACCCAACCUCUGAAGAGCUCUCCAUCGCCAAUGUCAAGUUCACAACCUUUGAUCUCGGUGGACAUACGCAAGCCCGCCGCAUCUGGAAGGACUACUUCGCCGAGGUCGAUGGCAUUGUCUUCUUGGUCGAUACCCAGGAUCAUGAGCGUUUCACAGAGUCUAAGGCCGAGUUGGAUGCCCUCCUCGCCAUCCAACAGUUGGAGCACACUCCCUUCUUGAUUCUUGGAAACAAGAUCGAUGCCCCUGGCGCCGUCUCUGAGGAGGUUCUCCGCUCUAAUCUCGGAUUGAUCCAGACCACCGGCAAGGGCAAGGUCCCACUGAAGGACAUGCGCCCCAUUGAGGUCUUUAUGUGCUCGGUCGUCAUGAAGCAGGGAUACGGCGAUGGUUUCCUCUGGAUGUCCCAGUACAUUUAAGUAAGGCGUGGUGGUGGCGGCGAAGUAGCGAGGGUGGAAGAGACGAGGUAUUCGAGUCGUUGUAUAGGAGUCGUUCUUAUUUCUGUAAUACAAUCAACCUAUUUUGACCAAU